AUAGUUCCUCAGUAGCCGAGAGGCGUUUGUUGUCAUGGUGAUAACCAAAUUGUGGCUUUCACUGCUAAAUGAGACUGCAAAACAAACUCAAGCAUCCCACUACACACUCACGGUAGCCUAUAUUAUUUAGCAGUAGCAUUCCCUUGGGAAUAAACUGAUGCUGACCAUUUUGAUAAUAAUAAUGCACCAAUAUGCCAUUUAAUACCCUUGAAGUUUACCAUUACAUACUUUUGAUAGUAUUUUUGUAUAAGUAACUGAGCUCCACUGUGAAGAACAGUCCAUUCAGAAGAAACACGGAACCUAAAUAGCUGUUUAGGGAAUUCAGGUGAAAGGAACAAAACCAUGAGCGGAGACAUUGUUUAUGACAAGAUCCACUUUAGACAUGAUCCAAAAUGGAGUGGCCGGCUAGGCCCAGCGGAGGGGCGCGGGAUGCUGCUCUGUGUGGCCUGUGUCAUUGAAAUGACUGAAAGUGAAGACAUUGCGUCAGUGAGGAAGUCCUAUGCCUUGUCUGCUAUCAGUGAUGUGCUGAAGUGUUCUCCAGGGGCUUUGAAAACGCUGCUCCAGCAGGACCUCUAUGUCUCUACGCGUUUCACAUCUUCUCUACUGGGGAUGCUUCACACUGUGGAGGACCAAGCCACUCUGGAAAAGGUUGACCAAGUGCUGGUUCAGCUAGUUUUAGAGCUCCAGAGUGAGGAGUCGUUUCGUUUUGUUUUGGAUGAGAUUCUCAAACAGCUGAGCGAACAGCUCACUGUAAAGGGUUUUGCGCCCACAUUCAGAUUCUUGGGGAGCCUAGUCGAAGCAGUUCCCACUGUGGCCUGUGUCCUGGUGACUCAGUAUGUGCCCUUGCUCGAUCGUUUGUGUUCAGCCUUGCUUUACCCAGAUGAAGGACUUAAGGCUUCAGUCCUGUAUGUGUGGCUGAAACUGUUCAGGACAGCUGGCGGCUCGGCGGUCCGGUCUUUGGCUACUGUCAUCAGGGACAGAGUGUGUAUCCUGUUGCUGCAGACCUUGACCAACGCCGGCUCCCCACAGCUCAUCAAUAGCUGUGCUGGCCUGCUGUGGCUGCUAGUGCAGCAUGGAGAGACGGUGUCAGUUCUGAUGAACACCCCUGGCCAUCAGAUCGUGUGCAGUGAGAACCAGAACAUCUGCACGAACAACAGCCAGAACCUCAGCCAAAACCAAGAGCAACAGCCCACUGGCCACUGCCCUCUGCCUCUCUUACUGAAAAAGUUGCUGCUGAGUGGUGAUGAGACAUUGCAGGUGACCAGUGCUAAGUGUAUUGCAUCCAUCCUGGUUCAUUCUCCUAGUCAGUACAGUGCUCCCUUCAUCGAGGCUGACGUACCUGAGUUUCUGUUUGACCGUCUGGCCAGUAGCAGUGAGGUACUUCUGUGGUCUGUCUACAGCUGUUUGCUGCUGCUGACCGAAGACCCAUUAUUCUUUUCUCAGUGUCACUCUGUCUAUGGUAUUGAGUCCCUGGUGCGGAGUCUGAAGCAGGCUCUGCGGCUGACCAACCUGGAAGUGCAGAAACAAGGUCUGCUCCUGCUUUCUGAGAUUCUGGAAAGACAGCCCCCGAGUGUGCGUCUGUUCCCUAGUGGACCAGGGUUUGUGGCGGUUUCAGAGGCUGUGAGAGUCGGAGUCUCCUCCUCCUGCCUGGUUGUAGCUACACAGGCUGCCAGCACUGCCGCCAUCCUUUUCAGACUAAACCACCAGUCCAUACCAGUCCAGUACGGGGAGGUAGAAGGACUGGUAGAGGCCAUCACACACAGACUCACUGAGCUGCCGCUACCCUCCGCUGGCCAUCGGCGAAGCUCUGGGCAUCUGAAGGGGUCAGACCCCAGCAGCCAGAUUUCUAGGUCAGAAGUCUUUGCGCUCCAGGCCCUGGUCUGUUUUCAGGCUGCCUGCAGGUUGGCUGAGGAGUGUGCAUCAGAGCCUGUUCUGAAGGAGAACACAUUCACGGCGCCGUCUAAACACAGCCACACUCAGGACUCACUGGAGUCUCUGUGCCAGUGUCUGCUUCGCUGCUGCGACUCCAUCUGGAUACCCACCGUCAUUAGGAUGUGUGAGCGUACACCCAGCGCUCAGGUACUGCAGUACUUCUACUCCAUCCUGUCGUCCCAGUUCACCCUCCUUCCAUCUCUCAUGCCCGUCUUUGCUAAUAAACUAGCAUCCUCUGGUUUCUACCGGCUGGCUCUGGAACACAAAGCCCUCUUCUGUGUGGGAAACAGGAACACAAAUCUGAAUACAUCGUGCUGUGGUUUUCUACAGAAACUCAGUAUGUGUCUGCUUUCCCAAUCAGACCCUGCUUCGGGCGCCUGCUACCACGAUGCUGAGGAAGUGGAGAGUCUUCUUCUAUACAGCCUUCCCUCUCUGUGCUGCCGCCUGUCAGACUGGCCCUCUGUGCUGUGUGAGGCCGUGGGGCUCCAGCUGUGUGACUAUAAAGGACCGAGGGCCACUCAGUACUGUCUGGUGAUAAUACUGCACCUUGCCCUGCAGCAAGGAGACAGGCUCCUCCCAGACCAGACCGUGUUCUCCAGUGUGUUGUGGCUAUUGUGCUCCGUGCAGGAGCAGGGCAGCUGUGCCCUGCCUCGCUCUGUGCUCCGCUCUACCCUCUACCUGCUGGCAGUGACACAGCACAAGAGCCCCGGCCUCGAUGGGGCUCCCUUGAACUGCAUCAGCAAGGCACUCUCCUCUUGCCAGAGCUUCUCUUCCCUCUACAUUCACCAUCCUGCACUCCUCCAUUUCAUUUAUCGCUGUCCGGAGUUAGCAGAAAGGUUUGGGCCCCUGGUUUUGGAACUGUGGUUGACCAAGCGCAAACAGCACACAGAUGCAGAGGAGACUGCAGCAGCGAUACAGGAGAAGGGAGAGAGUAGAGAAAGCCAGGCAGAUGAGAGGCAGGAUGAGGAGCCAGACAAAGAAACCAUGGAGCUCCUGAGUCUGAUAGAGACGUACCCAGCUGUCAUCCUGAAUCUCCUGGACAUGGUUAGCACAAGGGAGGCCCCCCUGGCAGAGCGAGCUCUUGGAGUGCUGCAAGUGCUUUGUCAUCGUCAGAGACACUAUGAGCCAGGCUUGUGUGCCCAGCUAGGGCCAGCCCUGCUCCAGGUGUUACAGAGGCUCAGUGUGGAGAACGUGGGCCAUGGACCUGGACAGGGACACACUGAACAGGCAGUGAACUCACUCCCUCUGGUGCUGAAGCUGCUUUGUGUGACGCAGGCCAGUGACCUGCCUUUAUCUUCCUCCUACAGCAAGAUGGAUGGGGUGCACUUCAAGCUGCUCUACCAUGUGAGUAAUAUAGCAGGAAGACUGAAGCCUACGGACACAGAGAGUCUGCUGCCUGCCUUCAGCUACCUGUACUGCUGCCUGAGUCUGUCCCCUGCACACUGCAGUGACAGAGCUGUAUCCAUGUUGCUCUCCAACAGUGGACUGAUGGACCAGCUGCAGACAGCCCUCUCUUCCGCCUCCUCCGAAGCAUCCCUCUCUUCAUCAGCUUGUCUUCCUUCAGCCCUGUUGUGCUGCAGCCAUCUACUCUUGUCCUCCCUCAUUACCUUGCAGCACUUUCACUCCGCCCAGGUCCACAGGAACAUCAGCUGGAAUCUGCACACAGCUGUGCACCGUCUCCUUGUUCAGAAAAGAAACACAGACAAUCUCUUGCUAGUCAGCUACCUCAGGUUGCUGCAGGCUUUACUUGAUGUUGACCUGGCAUCACCAGUGAUGUGUGUGAGCUCUGGUCCUGGCUUGGUUGGGCCCAGACCCCUGGGGGUCGAAGACGGAGCUUUGUACCCUCUUGGCUCUAGAGGGUCCCAGUGCCUCUCCACUGUUCUCAGCGGACUUCUUUUGCAGAAGCACGAGCUGCUGCUGAGAGCGUCAGUCAGUUGUCUAAGCUCCCUGCUGGGCUUUCUUCAGAGGAAGAGUCCCACUACAGCCACGUAUGUGGUGUGUCAGCCAUGGAGUCGAUUCCUCCUCUACUGCCUUCUCGGAUCAGGAGAGAGCUGCCUUCUGCACCCGGCCAUUCUCAGGCUCAUCUCACUUCUCCUGCAGCACAGCAGCACAGCAGUGCUGUCUGAGCUUGACCUGCUCCAAGUGAUGGAGGCGGUGGAGAGGAGGGGGGUUAAGGAGCUCAGCCAGGAAGCAGCACAGGCCCUGAGGCUGCUCCUCACACAGGUUCUGAGCAGUGCUGUGCAGCCUCCAACCACAGAGCAACACAAGCAGAGAGCGAGGAAUAUGCUGGAGUCCCUCGGCCUGCAGACGCCAGCCGAGAGCUGCAGCCCUGAUCUGCACAGCAACAUCCUACGUGUGGGAGAUGUGUCCAUCUGUCUGCUUGACUUUUCACUGAAGGCAGACUCCUGUUCCAGCUAACCGAUAGAACGUAGUGUGCCACUGAUUUCACAGUUCUUUUUGUUGUCCAUAUAUUCUUAGGUUUAUUCAAGCAGCACGUGCUCCUGCCUACAUUCUACAGUGAAAUCAUUUACUGCAUAUUCAUUUAAAGUAAUUUACAGUAUGUUUAGUCUUUAGAUGAUAAUUCAGCACUGCUCUGUCAUUGUUCUAGGCAUACAUCUGUGUUUUUGAUACUUUUCAUGGGGUAUGAAACCACUAAGUCAUCUCACCUGGGUUCUUUUGUGUUGAUUAAAAAAUAUUACUUCAGUUUAAAUUAUACAACUACUAUAUACUAUUGGAACAGCCAAGAUGUUUUCACUCAUUCUGAAAGGGGCUUUCUGGAAAAUUAAAAACCACUUUAAAAUUUAAAUUUCAUGUUUGUUUUUCUGGAAAUCGCAUUGAUUGUGAACAGAAGUCAGGACACAUUUGACUUAACAACAAAUCACUGCGAUUCAUGCAUGUGAAAAUGAAAGACCCAGACAAGCAAUGGGAGCUGGUCAUGGCAGCGAUUAUUGUCAUCCCACACCUGAAGCCCCAGCUGUUAAUAUGCCCAAGGAGGCGGCUUUGUCCCACUGACGGUUGUAGAGCUAGAAAAACUAAACUAUUGGCACCAAAGUAGCAUCAAAAUAUACCUAAAGUACCAAAAGUAAACGUAGUCAUUCUGCAGAAUGGCACAUUUCACAUGAAUGUCUAUGAUGGUAUUGGAUUAUAAUGACAGAUAAAUUACUGUGUUGAUCACUUUAGUGUACUUGCAGUUGGUAAAGUUGGAGCUAAUACUUAUAAUCUGAAGUACUUUACAUACUGCUGGGUGGCUUGUGAGUUCCACACCGAGAAUCAGUAAAGUCUUAUGAUUAUACUGUAUUUUGAAUCAUCUGAUUCAGAAAAGGAACUAAAGACAUCAAAUACAUGUAAGUGGGGGUAAAGUAGAAUAAACAUCAUCACAGCCACUUCUUCUGUACUUCAGGCUCUGUUGCUGUAAAAACAACACUGCGGAUCCUAAAAGAACUUUUAUUUUCUUCCUGUCUAUGUCUAUUUUCUGAUAUUUUAUUGAGAAUAUAUUGUUAAAC